GUAACAGAGGAGUACAGAACUUCAGUGUUUAGUGGAGGGAGUGAAUGUAGUGCGUGGUGGGUGCCCGGCGUGGAAUCAGGUGUGCGGCGGCAUCUGUUUGAGGGCGGGAGUUUUAAAGGUUAUAACACCAGCUGGCCUCGUGUUGGGACCGCACAGUGCUACCAGACACGCUCUGAGAUACAGCGUCCCUCCGUCCUCGCCCUCACGCCAUGACGGAGGUCCUCAAUAAGAUUCUUCUGUUUUCGGCUUAAGUGGUGCUCGAUAUAAGUGACUUUAUAAAUAGCUCAUUGAGGAGUUGCCCUGAUGUCGAGUGCUUGAGUCACGCAUUCCAAGCAUAGUGCGGGAAUUGUACCUGAUUGUUGUUUUACCUUUGGAAGUGACUGAAGGUAUAACUAAAUGACAGCUACUUAAAAAGGCAAACAUUAUUCAUUAGCACGUGUGCUGAAUUGGUGAAGAACAAACUUACAUAAGCAUUCCAAAUAUAGUGCAAACAACAAAGAAUUUCGACACAAUUUUCCUCCUGAGUGACUGAACGGAAGGAAAAUACUGCACAAAUACUAAGGAACGCUAUACUUUCAAUACAGAUACUUAAUAAGUAGAAAAAUAUUUAUCAUUAGUGAUUGACAAGACGAGUGUUGCAUUUGCAUGAUCUCGUUGAGUGAGUGUUAACUUACUACCACUACUACCACCACCACUACUACUUCUACAGCCACGCACUUUAUACCUAGAAACACGUCAAAAUGCAGCUCGUAUCAGCAGCUAAAUACGACCAAAGAGAGGGAGACAUAGCACCCUUACAUGGCGAGAUAGGAUGCACCCAACUGGAGGAGGAAGCAGAGACCACAAGAAUGAUCCCCACCCACAAUCCCCAACCUCCCACUACCUCUCACAGCGUCCCUCACCCCAACCACGUCGUCCCAAGCGGCACCUCAUCUUACGACAUUCCAGGCAACACCAGAAAGAGGAAGUGUGACGAGGUGGAGAGCGACAGUGGGGAGGAGAGAAGGAUCACUCAGGCGAAAGUGAGGCAAUACCUGCAGCUGAGACGAAGGUUAUUGCUUAGUCAGAGAAAACUUGUCAAGGCGGGACAGACUGGACUAAAGCUACCUCUGUGUUACGUGUUUAGUGAUCUCCUCCUCCACCUGCCUCGCCUGAGUUACGUGGGUAAUGGUGGACAAGGAAGGGGGAGAAGGAAAUCCCAUAUGCCAGACCUCAGCACCCCCAUAGACUCCAGCCACCCCCUGGAGGCCCAAGUACCCAAGACGCCCCCCCUCUACAAUGUCCAAGAAUCCUUAGACUCUGUGUCCCUGGAGGAAAGUGGCUUCAGUGAAGAGUGGUUCACCAAUGUCCUGCUUGAUGUUACGAAGGAUCUCAACGAGUUUGGAGUCUGUGUGGUUGACAACUUUCUCGGUGAGGAGCGAGCAGACCGCAUUCUGGAUGAGGUGCGGACCCUACACUCUCUGGGCGUGAUGCAGGCGGGCCAGGUUGUGUCUCAGAAUGUGCAGGACCAGGCGAGGGGCAAGAUAAGAGGGGACAAGAUAACCUGGGUGACUGGGGAUGAGCCUCAUUGUUCCUCUAUCGGUCAGCUGGUCAAUGUGGUGGAUUCAAUCAUCGCAAAAGCCAAUAAGCACUAUGAUGCCGGCGAGCUGGCCCAGUACAACAUUACCUGGAGAACUAGGGCCAUGGUGGCGUGUUAUCCUGGCUUUGACACGCACUAUGUCAAGCACGUCGACAAUCCCAAUGGUGACGGCAGAUGCAUCACCGCUAUCUACUAUCUCAACAAGAAUUGGACCCCUAAUGACGGUGGCGUAUUGAGAAUCUACCCUGAGAACCGCAUCAACACCAUGGCUUCCAUCGACCCUUGCUUUGACCGCAUGCUAUUCUUCUGGUCAGACAGGCGUAACCCACACGAGGUCAUGCCUGCCAAGAUUGUCAGAUACGCCAUCACAGUGUGGUACCUGGACCAGAAGGAGCGGGAGGAGUACCUGGCCCGGGAAUAAGUAAGAGGCGCGUCCCACAUGUGACAGAGUGCUGGUGUUGCUGGUCCUCCUCGCUGCCGUCCCGCUGACACCCACACAGGGCCGCCAGCCUCCUUCUUGGACAUGACUUAUGUCUCAACCUCUGCUGUGGUGUGGAAAACAGUGAAUUUUGAGCUCCACUUUAGUUAUGCUUCAGUUCCUCAUCUCCUUUCUUCUUUCCCUCUCAUUGCUCUCAUGUGGGCAUCUGUGAGUGUGAGUGUGAGUGCGAGUGGUUUGUAAGACAGUUUAUGGAAUGUCUUGCAAGAGUGGAGGGGGAGUGGAGGUAUCGGUGAACCUAGCAAGUAUGCAUGCAACUUUAUUUUGUCAUCCAAGUGUUUUUAUCUCCAUCCAUCUUUGAGUUGUCUUUUAUCUGCCACAGCAUUAUAACUGGCUACUCUUGUGGAUAGUGAGGAGUGGAUGGAUACUUUCCUGGCCAGCGUGGAGAGUGAGAGAGGGAAAGUGGUCGGUGCUGGUUCUCGGAGUGGCGUCCAUGACAAGCGUAACAUUGCAUCAAAGAACAGAUGGUUGCAGGAGGGUGUGAAUGACCGUCUGCAGUGAGUCAGCGUUGACCUGCCUAUCCUGACUUGAAAUUCACUCUACUGAUAACCCAUAUAUACAGACAUUGAACGCACUUUAAGCAGUAUACAUACAUACUCUUAUAAGUUACUAUAUUAACCAGCUGAACAUGAAAAGUCAGUGUGAUAUAACUUAUCUUACUCUUUGCAUUGUGGUCCAUACUUGUAAAGGCUUCAGCACCUCAUCAAUGCUGCUUUGAAGAGGCUUUAGUGGAAGCUAGUGAGGACUUCAGGGUGUUUUCAUGAUACUAGUGAUAGUUUAUACAAGGGGAAAGAACACCAGUGGGGACCCAACUAAUCAUCUGCAGCCUUGAGUGUAGUGUUGAUGAGAGAGAGGAGGCAUUUAGGAGUAUGGGCUUAUGGGUGUCCAUCCCUGUGUGCUGAGGUGAAGGUCAUCUAGUGCAGUGUGGAUGGUAGCGAGAGAAGGGAUGUUUUGAAAUGUAACGUGUGUCGGGAGUGAGGUGUCCCUUGCUUGGUGUCUGUGAGAUGGGUGAGCUUUCCAAGGAUGAGGGAAGACUGUACAGUUUGUUAGUACAGUUUGUUACAAAUGUUCCCUUAAAGAUGUAAUAUCCCUAACAACAACAACAAAAAAGCAGUACAUAUCUCACUUCUGUUGAUCAUUUGAUGUGUAUAGCCAGUCAGCAGUCAGUCAAGUCGCUUGAUGUGUACUUGCUUUACUGUGUUUGGUAUUUGUCCCUGUUUUUAAUUCUGUUCUGUUGAGUCUAAGCAGUUCCGAGGAUUAGAAAUGAAGGGAAGCACUAAACAUGGGAGUGAGUGUUACCAUGAAGGGACUUGUAUAACUUGUGUUGUAAUAUUGGGAGCAGCCACAGCCACAUCACAUCCCAAGACUUGCUAGUAGAUCUUGUACUCUUUGAGCUGUGCACACUAAAUGAUUAACCUAGUGUGUGUGUUUUGUGUGCAUGUUUUAUUACAGCACUCACAACACACCCCAGGCGUACCCCAUGUUUCCCCAUCACUCCCCCAGCUUCCUUGUCCUCUUGAGAAAUGUCAGCAGCCUGCAGCGGGAGUGUGACAGUUACCAGGGUGUGUGGUGACGGUGACGCUAAUGUACUUAGGAACACAUACAAGAAGGAUGAUGCUGCAGUGCUGCUUAUAUAUACAGAUAGACAUAUAUUUAUUACACAGCAGUUGUUUGCUAAUGCCUUGUACAGGAGAUGGUUGUGAUAUAUUUAUUAGGAAAUUUACGGCGAAUCUGGUAUGGAAAGGAAAAGUGUUUCUUCGUAAUUCAUAGCCAAAGAUGGAUGUGUAUGAAAUUUGUGGAGUGGACGUGACAAAAAAGGAACCAUUAUAGGAUUACCUUUGCCCUGAGCCUGGACUGCCCAUGAGCACUGGGGGUCAGGUCAGGUCAGGGAGGCUGUGACCUAAGCUGCUGUGACCCUCCACUACCUGCUGUGUAUUCGCAUGUAUUGUACUUGUGCUUCUAUUAACAUCUUGUCACAACAGUUCAUACACAUCAUAGCUAGGAGUGGGUCACUUUGAAUUCCUCUCCACUGUUUCUUGAUAUAAAAUUUGCAUCUUCAGCUUUACAACUCUGUAUUUCUGUCUCUUCCAAAUAUUUGUAUUGAUUUUAUCGAUUCUCAUUUUGAUGGAUUUAAGAUUUUAUACGUAUUUCUGGAAGUGUUUGCAUUUCCACCUUUAUUUUUUAAUGUAUUGCAUCUUGGAUUCCUUUAUGUUUUUGAAAUGCAUAAAGUGUACUGAGUGUAUGCUGUCUCACUCAGUACACUCUAAAUGAAUAUAAAAUAAACCUUGUCUAUUUUCUGCAUUGGGGCUUGUGAGGAUAAAGUUAUUGUGACAUUGGUGCUAUAGAGUGUACAGGUGUCAUUAUUUUGCCUCGUGCUAGUGGCGCAUGCACUGGAAUGCUUCAUUCACUCCUGCAUUCAGCAUCAUCAAAGGAGCAAAUCAAAGUUUAGUUAAUGUACAAGUCAUUCUUAGUCAUACCAUAGAGACAAGAUUUUCAUACAAUGUUAGUAUUAUCAUUGUAUUUAUAUAGUCCUGCAUUCCUCACUCAAAUUUGACAUUAAUUUAUAUUUUUUAUAGUUUUCCUGUGACUUUUUCUGAUGAGUACUUUUCUCCCAUUUCAUUUUUUACUUUGAGAAUUAUUGCCCAGUUGUUUUUAUUCAUACAUUUGUGGUGAAAUGGGCAAAUAAAUGCAAAUUUACUUAUUUUACUCGGUAUUCUUUUCUCUGAAGCCAGAGUAUGUGCAUCAUUGUAUAUAGUAUCAGCCAGUGUACUGAUUCAUUCUUCAUUUAUUCCUGGUGUUCAAGUCAACAUAAAUAUGUUCAUUGGUUUUGUUGUUGUGUUACGUUGAAGCGGAGUGUUGCCAUGUUCUGCCUAGCGUUGCCAGUGGAUGCGCCCCAAGGAAGUGCUGGGUCAAGGAUGCUGUACAUACAUAACCCAGUAUAUUUUAGGUAACUUGUACUCGUAUGUCACUUCAUACUUCAAUUAAUGAAAAAACUGACAGGACAGAUCAAACUCAAAGCCGUAUAAAUAAAACAUUGCAAUGAUGAAAA